AUGUCUGCUCAAUUACUACCUCAAACAGCUUCAAGACGCCUUCCGACAACUUACCAUUCAGUUCAACCUGGUUUUCAUGCAAGAAAACAACAAAUUCUAGCUUCAUUAACAGACCAAACAAGUACUCGAACCGAUAAUAAUGCUAAUAAGUAUUCGUCCUCUAAAAUAUCUUCUCCAUUAAUUGAUGAAGCAAUUUUUCCUAUAAUCGAAUUAAUUAACAAACAUGAGGAUUAUGUCGUAACGAGUAGUUGUUCCGGUAAAAUUUCAAUUAUUUCUACUAAUGCUAGUAGCAAUAAAUGUAGAAAUUCAAGGAAAUCCUUCUCUGGAAAGCUAGAAUCUUUAACAACUGGUAGUACUAACCAUGGUGAAACUGAAAAUGGUGUUGUUUAUAGGCAUCAAGAUGAUUUAGACGACAUUGAUGAUCCAGAUUUAAAUUCUGGUGGUGGGAGUGGUGGAAAAUUAUUAUUUGUCGCUCAUUCGAAAAUUAAUUUACCUAAAGAAAAAGAUUUAAUUAAUAAUUUUUUGUUGAAAUUGAUUUUUGGUGAAGAUUUUGAGAAUGUAACAUUAUUUAAUAAUGAAAGUUAUAACUUGUUACAAAAUAAUGAUUAUAACUUGAUUUAUUUCAAAUUCGAUCCAAUGAUUUUGCAUGCUGAAGCUCGUACUUUAGAUGCUGCAAAAAAUCUUGUUAAUUUGGCCGUUGAUAUUGGUUACCGUGAUUCUGGUCUUUUGAUUACCUCAAAAAGACAUAUGAUUGGAUUAAGAAAAAGUGGUACUUUAAGUGAUGGUAAUGAUGGUGAUGUAUCAACUGUUGACGACGAAAGUCAAGGUUUAGAUAAUUUGGAUAACGUAUGA